AUGGUUUUUGGGGCAGUUUCUAGUCCUUUUGCGGCUAUUUAUAUUAAGAACAAAAAUGCAACAGAGUAUCAAAACCAAUUUCCAGACGCGGCGGAAGCUAUUAUUCAUAAUACUUAUAUGGACGAUUAUAUAGGCAGUCAUCCUAACAUAGAGAAAGCGGCUCAAGUAGCGAGGGACGUAAUCGAAGUACAUAGUCGAGCACUUUUUGAAAUUCGUGGGUGGGUUUCGAACGAACCUUCUGCUUUAGCACUCGUCUCUCCACACUUACGUCUUGUACAGUCGACAUCUGUCGAUUCAGUUGAUUUAGGUCACUUUACCCAAAGCGUAUGGACAUUGGGUUUGAUAUGGCAUCCAGAUAAAGACACUCUCGGUUUCAGUAACAAUUUUGUUCAAGAAUUGCCAAAAAAACUUACUAAACGGGUUGUUCUAUCGGAUUUGAUGCGUAUAUUCGAUCCCUUGGGUAUACUGUCACCUCUUACUAUUAGAGGACGUAUAAUACUUCAAAAUAUCUGGCGUCUAAGUAUCAGCCGGGAUGACGAAUUGCCGGAAGAUCUAUUAAAAAAAUGGCGUUUAUGGCAUAGCGACAUGUUGUCUGUUCUGACUUUAAAAAUCUCACGCUGGUAUCUUCUAUCAAAUCAUGUAGAACAUCGUGAGUUGCAUAUUUUCUGUAACGCCAGUAAGGAUGCGUGCGCAGCAGUAGCAUAUAGGCGUAUUACGUAUUCUGAUGGAAAUGUGCAGCUCAUGUUAGUUUCCAGUAAAGCUAGAAUAAAUCCCAUAAAUAAAGUUCAUACGAUUCCACGUUUAAAACUUCAAAGUGCACUGAUUGCAGCUCGUCUUGCGCGUACGAUAUGUUCGGCACAUGCGUUUAAACCUAAUAUUAGGGUUUUCUGGACGGAUGCUCGUAAUGUACUUGGUUGGAUUCGUAAUGACGCUCGAAAAUAUCAAACCUUUGUUUCUGUACGUUUGGGGGAAAGCCAUGAACUUUCAGAUGUAUGCGAAUGGCGCUGGGUACCUACAAGAUUAAACGUAGCAGAUGACGCGACUCGCUCCAUACCCAGCGACCUUACUAAAAAAAUUAGAUGGAUCAACGGUCCUGAGUUCUUGCGGUCUUCUCCAAAUAACUGGCCUCUCGAACCAUCCAUCUCAACUCUCCCAUGUAUAGAGGAGUUGAAACUAUCUUAUAAAUUAUCACACUACAUAAAUGUCACCUACAUCUUUUCACCUAUCGCAGCCUCUCCUACACAUUUUAGUAGUUACCUUAGAUUACUUAGAUCUACUGCCCGUUCACAUCAGUUUAUCACUCUUCUCAUCAACAGGUACAAUGUUACGAAUAGAAGGGCACGACUGAUGGGUAAUCGCAGCCAACCUGCGAGAUCGUCAGCUUCAAGCUGCGUGAUACACUUGCCUCCUUUAACGACUGAAGAGAUACAACGGGCGGAGAAUCACAUUCUACGUCAGAGUCAGGUAUCUUUCUUUACCGAAGAGCUAGCAGCAAUCCGCUGUGGCCUGCCAGUACCUCGAGGUAGUAGAAUAGAUAAUAUCGACAUAUUUCUUGGAGAAGAAGAACUUUUACGACUGCAAGGGAGAAUAGAUGUAGUAGAGAAUGUCAGCAAUGAUACAAAAAGUCCGAUCCUCCUUGAUGGUAAAGACUAUGCGAUCUGCCGUAUAAAGAAGGCAACACCAAUUAGUACAUCGUUUGGAAACUUACCAGAAAUGAGACUUGCUCAUCAUAAGAGACCGUUUUCUUACGUGGGUUUAGACUACUUCGGCCCUCUCUUGGUAUCCGUAUGUCGACACGUUGAGAAGCGUUAUUGUGCACUUUACACUUGCUUAACUACUCGUGCUAUACACCUUGAAGUAGUACAUAGUUUGUCGACUGAUUCUGCAAUUCUGAGCCUCCGUCGUUUUAUUGCAAGGAUAGGGACCGCACUAGAAAUUAUCUCUGAUAAUGGGACAGCCUUUGUGGGUGCUGCGAGGAUAUUGAGGGAGCUGUACGGUUCGAGUGUUUUAAAUACCGCAGCCAAUUCCAACAUUCGUUGGCGUUUUAUUCCACCAGCAGCACCGUUUAUGGGAGGCGCUUGGGAACGCCUAGUUAGAUGCGUGAAGUGCGCCCUGAAGUCAUCACUAUAA